GCGUAGCAAAUCCAGGCAGUGCCACUCGCGGCCCGGGCCGGGCGGCACCGAGAACGAGCCGCGCCCGCGCUGCGUCGCGCCGCCCGCAUGGAGCCCGCCGCCGGCUUUCUGUCGCCGCGCCCCUUCCCGCGUGCGGCCGCUCCGCCCGCGCCCCCCGCCGGGCCCGGGCCGCCCAGGAGUGCCGGGCCGGGACCUGAGCUGGAGGCGCUGGCCGGGCCACCCGCGCCGGACCCUGGGCGCCUCAUCACGGACCCGGGCAGCGGCCGCACCUUCUUCAAAGGCCGACUGUUGGGCAAGGGGGGUUUCGCCCGCUGCUACGAGGUCACUGACACAGAGACCGGGGGUGCCUUCGCGGUCAAAGUCAUCCCGCAGAGCCGCGUCGCCAAGCCUCAUCAGCGCGAGAAGAUCCUAAACGAGAUUGAGCUGCACCGAGACCUUCAGCACCGUCACAUUGUGCGUUUCUCGCACCACUUUGAGGACGCCGACAACAUAUACAUUUUCCUGGAGCUCUGCAGCCGGAAGUCGCUGGCCCACAUCUGGAAGGCCCGGCACACCCUGUUGGAGCCAGAGGUGCGUUACUACCUGCGGCAGAUCCUUUCCGGCCUCAAGUACCUGCACCAGAGGGGCAUCUUGCACCGGGACCUCAAGCUGGGAAAUUUUUUCAUCACCGAGAACAUGGAGCUCAAGGUGGGGGAUUUUGGGCUGGCAGCCCGCUUGGAGCCUCCAGAGCAGAGGAAGAAAACCAUCUGUGGCACCCCCAACUAUGUGGCUCCAGAAGUGCUGCUGAGACAGGGUCAUGGCCCUGAGGCAGAUAUAUGGUCACUAGGCUGUGUCAUGUACACGCUGCUGUGUGGGAGUCCGCCUUUUGAAACAGCUGACCUGAAGGAGACGUACCGCUGUAUCAAGCAGGUUCACUACACGCUGCCCGCCAGCCUCUCACUGCCUGCCCGGCAGCUCCUGGCCGCCAUCCUGCGGGCCUCACCCCGAGACCGCCCAUCAAUUGACCAGAUCCUGCAUCAUGACUUCUUUACGAAGGGCUACACUCCCGACCGGCUCCCUGUCACCAGCUGCACGACAGUCCCAGACCUAACACCCCCCCACCCAGCUAGGAGUCUCUUUGCCAAAGUUACCAAGAGCCUCUUUGGCAGGAAGAAGAAGAGUAAGAACCAGUCCGAGGAGCGAGACGGGGUUUCCUGCUUGGUGAAUGGCCUCAGGCAGACGUCCAUUGGCCAUAAGGGUGCCAGGCCCGAGGAUCCAGCAGCUUCUGGUCCAGCCCCCCUCAGCCUUGUAGAGACUGCACCUGAAGACAGCUCACCCCGGGGGACACUGGCAAGCAGUGGAGAUGGAUUUGAAGAAGGUCUGACUGUGGCCACAGUGGUGGAGUCAGCCCUCUGUGCUUUGAGAAACUGUGUAGCCUUCAUGCCCCCAGCGGAACAGAACCCAGCUCCCCUGGCACAGCCAGAGCCUCUGGUGUGGGUCAGCAAGUGGGUUGAUUACUCCAACAAGUAUGGCUUUGGGUAUCAACUGUCCAGCCGCCGUGUGGCCGUGCUCUUCAACGAUGGCACACACAUGGCCUUAUCAGCUAAUAGAAAGACUGUGCACUACAACCCCACCAGCACAAAGCACUUCUCCUUCUCUGUGGGCGCUGUGCCCCGGGCCCUGCAGCCUCAGCUGGGCGUUCUGAAGUAUUUUGCCUCCUACAUGGAACACCAUCUCAUGAAGGGUGGAGAUCUUCCCAGUGUGGAAGAGGUGGAAAUGCCUGCCCCCCCGUUGCUGCUGCAGUGGGUCAAGACUGAUCAGGCCCUCCUCAUGCUGUUUAGCGAUGGCACAGUCCAGGUGAACUUCUAUGGAGACCACACCAAGCUGAUUCUCAGUGGCUGGGAGCCCCUGCUUGUGACUUUUGUGGCCCGCAAUCGCAGUGCUUGUACUUACCUUGCAUCCCACCUCCGGCAGCUGGGCUGCUCUCCAGACCUGCGGCAGCGGCUCCGCUAUGCUCUGCGUCUGCUCAGAGACCGCAGUCCUGCCUAGACCCAAUCCUGCAGAGCAGGCCCUGACCCAAGCCCCCAGGCCUGAGCCUAUGCCUGUGUGGCCCUGGUCCUUGCCUUGGUGGCCCUCCCCCUCCUUUUGGUGCCUCACUGGGGGCUCUGGGCUAACUCCCCCAGGGAAUCAGGGACCAGCUUUACUGGGGUUGGGGGCAGCCUGCCCUUGCUGCCUCCUACCCUUCUCCAAGAUAAGCCUGAGCCUUAGCCCCCAGCUCAGGGGGCAUUAUUUAUGGACCACUUUUAUUUAUUGACAGACAUUUAUUUAUGGGGAUGUAGCCCUGGGGAGGGCCUCCUCCUGGGAUAAUAAACCGUUUUGCAGAA